UGAUAGUGCAGAUGUGUAUGUUUUACUGCUGCAGAUUGUGUGAAUUAAUUCAGGUCGCCGCUCUGGCCGCCGGCUCGUGUUGCCACAGUAACCGGUGAGUGAGUUGGAAUGCUGUAGCGCUACCGCAGUGAUCAGUGAGGGGGAUGGCGCGAUUCCGCUCGGCCUCAUCCGGCAUCGGCAUCAUGAUCGACAUGGACUCUGACUCACCACAGCACGCUGGACAGCGACAUGUUGCUCGCGCGAGCUCCUGAUCCUGAUUAGAACUGCGCACAAGCGUCUCCCAUCGUCUAAUCAGGAGCAGUGGGAGAUCACACUGCUUUCUGAAAGGAAAAGUCUACCGAGCUAAAUCACAAGAUCUUGAGCGAAGCGAAGUGCUGCAUCUCAUUGUCCUCUGAAUAAUCACAGUUCCAUACUUGAUGGCCAUAAAAUGUGUUUUUCCAAUCCUCUAUAACUGUUGGUAAAAGCAGGCUCGUUCCAGGAUGCUUUUACCAAGACUACAAUUCAUUUCUGCCACUUCAUAUUACUCAUGGAUGACCAGUGAGCAUCGGCUUUGGCUCAGGUUUCUGAGCUAGAAUGAAUUUAUAGUGGCAAUUUAGUGACGGCCCAUGAACAUUUCAUUAGCACCUCUUCCAUAACAAGUGUUUCGUUUACUGCUUGUCAUUAUGUUCAUGAUUCUAAGCAAGUCUAAAAACAAAACACCUCAGUAUACAUCUGUAUAAGUAUUAUGCAUGAAAGGUCUGAUUGUGCAUGUGCUACUGUGAAUAUGUGUAAUUGUAAUACUGGUUUUCAGGCCAUCAGUGUUUAAAUGAUUUAUAGGUUCCACUGUUUACAACAAGCUCUUUUCCUGCCUUCGACUGACAACAUCAGAGCAGCGUAAAAAGAGAACCUGCUGUUAACAGGCAAUCUGACAAAAAAAAGAGACAAAACUCCUAUUAAAGACAUUUUGCUGGGUCGCCAGAUACUGCUCCAUUGUUACAUUUUGGAAAUUUCCAUUAAGCUCCCCCUUCCCGCUCUCAGGAUGAGUAACAAAUCGGACUCUGAAGGUGUGGUCUACACGGUGGAAGAACUCGAAUGCAAGAUAUGCUAUAGCCGCUACGAUGCACGCGCUCGCAAGCCAAAGUUACUGGCGUGCCUGCACCGUGUCUGCGCUCGCUGCCUGAAGAAGAUGGCCGAGAUGGAAUCAUCACCUGGCACUGUCAGCUGUCCGUUCUGCCGCCAUCAGACACAUGUGCCUGAUGAGGAAAUCUGGCUCCUUCAGGAUGACAGUAACAUUCUGGCUAUCCUCUCCUACCAGGAGCGAGUGCGGAAGAGCGGCUCAAUGCCUGUGGGUGAGGUACUGCUCACCCCAAACAGUCUAAAUGGGGGAGAGAUAGGAACAAGUGGAGAAGGAGGAGGAGAGCAGGCCCACAGUUCCUCAGACUGCCUGGUCAUCACCAUCAUGGAGGUUCCAGGCGAGUCCGCUUCACCCGACUCCACUGGCAUGCUGAACAUGGUGCGUCUGUAUCGGCCGGCUAGCUUGGACUCGCUGCCGUGCCACGUGCCUGUGCAGAAGUGGCGCGCCUGGACAUCGCGCUCUGUGCCGCGUUUUGUCAUGGGCUUUCUCUGCCUGCUCUACUUCAGUUCACUGCCCCUUGGCAUUUAUCUGCUCAUGAUUCAGCAACUUACACUGGGAGUGAUCCUGGUCAGCCUGGUGCCCUCCACCCUCGUCCUCUGUGUGUUCUACGGCUUCUGUCAGUGCCUGUGCCAUGAGAUCAUGGAGGCCAUGGCUACAUAGACACUUCAUAGGAUGUGUAUGAUUUGACCGUCUUUAGACAGUGUGAACCAAGCCAAAAUCAUUGAUCUGUUUAUUCUGCUCUUGAGUGCUCAUCUACUGUUGCACUGGAAUAUACCAGCAUUUAGAAGUGAACUUUCAACCAUCUUCAGUUCAUAUGAAGGGCAAUACAUACAUUUGAAAGAGCAGUUAUAUCCUACAAUCCAGUGCAGGUUGUUUGUAUUGAGCUACGGCUGCCUCAAUUUGCUGUUGAUUUGUUUGUUUCUUUGUUUGUUUUUAUUCUGUACCUGUUAGCUCAGGCUUAACAUGACUGUGAUCCUUUUACAUACCACUAAUAAGGGAAUGAGAUUCAUAUCUAACACUGAAAUUAUGGACUCUGUUCCAUAGUGUGAAAUAUGUCCUUCCUACUUUUGACAAUCCAUUUGUUGUGUAACUUUAAAAUAAUAGUCUCCAUAUACUUGUCAAAGUUCCUAGUUGCCUUUGUAAGGCAUGCAAA